UCCGUGCUUCCUUAUACACCGGAAGCCAGUGCUUUAGUUCUUUUUCCCAUCUUGCAAGAUGGCGGGUGAAAAAACCGAGAAGCCGGAUACUAAGGAGAAGAAACCCCAAGCCAAGAAGGCUGAUGCUGGCGGCAAGGUUAAGAAGGGGAACCUCAAGGCUAAGACGCCUAAGAAGGGGAAGCCCCACUGCAGCCGAAACCCUGUCCUCGUCCGAGGUAUUGGCAGGUAUUCCCGGUCAGCCAUGUAUUCCCGAAAAGCCAUGUACAAGAGGAAAUACUCCGCAGCUAAAUCCAGGGUUGAAAAGAAAAAGAAGGAGAAAGUUAUGGCUACUGUCACUAAGCCAGUUGGUGGCGACAAGAAUGGUGGUACCCGGGUGGUUAAACUUCGUAAAAUGCCUAGAUACUAUCCCACUGAAGAUGUGCCUAGAAAGCUGCUGAGCCACGGCAAGAAGCCCUUCAGUCAGCACAAGAGAAAACUGCGGGCCAGCAUCACUCCCGGGACCAUCCUGAUCAUCCUCACCGGGCGCCACAGGGGCAAGAGGGUGAUUUUCCUGAAGCAGCUGGGCAGUGGCUUGCUACUUGUGACUGGACCUCUGUCCUAUAAUCGAGUUCCUCUGCGGAGAACACACCAGAAGUUUGUCAUUGCCACCUCCACCAAAAUCGACAUCAGUGGUGUGAAAAUCCCCAAGCAUCUCACUGACGCUUACUUCAAGAAGAAGAAGCUGCGCAAGCCCAGACACCAGGAGGGGGAGAUCUUCGACACCGAGAAAGAGAAAUACGAGGUUACGGAGCAGCGCAGGCUCGAUCAGAAAGCCGUGGACUCGCAAAUUCUGCCCAAAAUCAAAGCUAUCCCCCAGCUCCAGGGCUACCUCCGCUCCGUGUUUGCCCUCACAAAUGGCCACUAUCCUCACAAGAUGAAGUUCUGAAUCUCUUUUGAAAAACCUAAUUAAAUAACUGGUCUCUUUCCUUCGUGUCUUUUUUUUUUCCCCCCUUUGUCUCCCUAGUUAUGUGGUUUGACUCAGGCAAUUUAAUGGGGUGUUAGCCUCUGCUAAGAGGAAUGGGAUUACUGGGUUAGAAGCAGCUCCAGCAAACUGCAUCCGCUUUGGAUCCACAUUCUAAGCUUCCUUAGGGUCUGGCUUCUCAGCUUUUCCACCCAGCACCCACCACUAUAAAACGCAUUUCCUCAGCUGUCACUGAACGAGUUAGUGAGAAAAGGGGUGAAGAUGAGAGAUGUGGUCUCCAGGUCACAGACUUUCAUCCCAUCCAGUAAUAUGAUGGCCAUUUCUCCCCUGUCUACUCCUCAGCUACACACCCCUCAUCUUUGCCGUUACUUUAUUAAAGCAUACAGAGCAAAUGAGUGUGGUCAUGUACCCUCCCUUUUUAAACCAAAAACCUAUUAUACUGUGCGUACUGUUACAGAUCUAUAGAUGAUAUUUUUUGAUCACUGCAUGAAAAGGGGCCGUCUGUACUGCUACAUUGUCCCCCUUCGUUCUUGGGGGAUGUAGUCCAAGACCUGUAGUGCGUGUCUAAAACCGUGGCUAGUACCAAACCCUGUAUAUACUAACCUUUUUAUAUGUACAUACAUACCCGUGGUGGCUUAUACAUUGGAUUUAAUAAGGUUGAUGAUGGGACAAUUACACGCUGUAGUGAAAGUUAUGUGAAUGUGGUUUCAAUACUGUAUUUCCUCUUGUGAUAAGGGAUGACAGAACACCCAUGUGCUAAGGCGAAGUAGGCAGUGUGGCGGUGUUGGGCUGCUGACCUGACAGUAACAGGGACCGCUGAUCUGAGCGAUCCCGGGUCACUGAGCCAUGACAAUGCCCGUGGUUGGGGAUUCUCGUCAAUUCAAGGGUUUUUGUGGACUAACCGGCUGGCUAGCAUAUGCAGCGUGAUAAUCCACAUCCCCAGGGAGUGCCAGAGAUUGUAUUUCAAUUUAGGGUUGUGCACGAUUUAAAACCAAUUGUUAAUUUCUGGGAUUUCUUAUGUAUGGAUGAGGUAUUGGUGAACUGGGUAACUGAAACCAUGGAAGACAAAACCGUGGAUAAGGACUAUUGCGUGGCCUAGGAUAUUUGGGUUUCUGUCCUUUGUAAUUAUAUAGUGUUGUAGUACAUAGUAUUAAGUAUGCAUACAGAGAGCCAAGUA